GGGGCCCUGCGCUGCGCCCUCGGGGACCGCGGCCGCGUGCGGGGCCGGGCUGCGCCCUACUUCGUGGCCGAGCUCGCCGCAGGCCCCAGCGCGCUGUCUCCACUGGCCCUUCAGCCCGGCCUUGACGGGCCUUCGGGAGCGGACAAACGGGGCGCCCCGCAGCCACUGUCGGGCCCGUGCCGGCGAGGUUGGCUGCGGGGCGCCGCCGCCUCCCGCCGCCUGCAACAGCGCCGCGGGCCCCAGCCCGAAUCCCGCACCGGCGACGACGACCCGCACCGGCUCCUGCAGCAGCUGGUGCUCUCGGGGAACCUCAUCAAGGAGGCCGUGCGGAGGCUUCAUUCGAGACGGCUGCAGUUACACGCAAAGCUUCCCCAACGCCCGCUCUCCGGGCCUCUGUCGGCCCCAGUGCAUGAGCCCCCUUCGCCCCGCAGCCCUCGCGCGGCCUGCAGCGACCCGGCAGCGUCCGGGAGGAGGGCGCAGCUCCGAACUGGCGACGGCGUUCUGGUCCCUGGCAGCUAACACCCCGGGAGUGGCCACAGGGCCAGCCUCUGCCUGGAGGGCAAGGGAUUCCCCUGAGGGCUGCUUCCCUACUCAGACUGGUGAACUCGCGUUUUUGGAAGCGGGAAAAUAAGCUAAUGCACACGAGGAAUGGAAAAACCGCGACUAUUUUCGCGGGGAACUAAUGGAGGGCCCCAAUGGGUUUGAAAAACAGAAGAACUUGGCCCUAUUUAAGGCGGAUUACAGAAUGCACCCCAAGCUCACAUUCAUUAGUACUCCUUAUUUGGUGUGACCAGCCCCAGCGCUGUAGCGCGCGGUUCCACGCAGCCUCUCGGGGCCCUCCAGCCCGGCGACCAUGUGGCCACACUCCACGCGUCUCAGGAUCGCCGAGCGCCCAAAGGACGAGGAUGAUCCCAAUUACUUGCUUUACCUUUUCAGGGCUGGUUCCUGAUCCACUUUGGGGGAGGGGAACAUGAGUAGACCAUCAUUUCAGGGAGAACCUCCAACUGCCAGACUUGAAAAUUUACGACUCUUUAAAAAACCCAUCUCGUGUCUUGUGGGUGCGAUUCUUAAUACAAAACACGCGGUACCAAGAAAGGACCUUUGGGGAGUUGAAUAGGAGUAACGUUUGCUCUGCCUCCGCUUUGCAACUGGCUGCGGCUCUCAGAGUGGCGGGGGAAGGUCCUGCGCGCGAUGGGGAUGAGAGGCGGGGGCGGACGGUGCUGCGGAAAGGGUAAGGCGAGACGCGGUGCGAGCCCUCCUUCCUCUCUAAAAUAUGUUCACAGCCGGCCCCCUCCUCCUCGGGUUCAAGGUCACUAUUUCCUCAGCGCCCGCAGGGUUGCGGGGCUCCAGUAGAGCAGAAGGGUUGCCGGGUUCUGCCUGUACUCGGGAGAAGUGCUCGGUGUUUUGCAAGUACUGGAGUCUCCUAAGGACACGCGCACCGCGGCCGCCGCGGGUGUGGGGAGGCGGGGACUUGCCGGGCGCCGGUGCCUUCCGCGGGCGGCCGCGCCCUGGGCUUACAUAGAAACUGCCCAGAGUCUUAGCCUCGGGUCCCGGCACUCCCCCUCGGCUCUUCUGUCCUACACCAAGCGGGCGGUGCUAGCGCUCCUUGGGGCCCGGGCUGGGGGCUGGGGAGACGCCACGUGACUGGCACUCCGGGGACACAGCCUCGCACAGCAGCUUAUAAUGGACUCUCCGGGGCCAUUUGCAAUAACAGCUGCAAUUCCCUGGAUUGACGGAGUUGAUUUCCUCCUUCUGCCCCUCCCCCAGCCAUGCCAGCUCGCCUUUGUAAGUGAAGGAAACCGAGUAGAAAAUGUGACCCUCCAAACGGAGAAGCUGCAGGCUUUGCCAUUGUGAAGCGCGGUGAAGUGUUUUUAGCAUACUGUUCACUUACUCUGAGGGAUCGAAAACCGUUUUGUUGGUGUUUUAGUUGUAAAAGAUUCAAUGGCUCUUCAUCAUCCGGAUGUGGCUAUUGACAUAUCUACACUUCGCACCGGAGUGUCUGGAAUUGUAACUAUCCUGAUUAUAGGAGUUUAACUUAACUGAAAUACUUGUUUUUAAUAAAUGCACUGGGAUUUUUGUUGGGUUUUUGUUUGGUUGGUUGGUUGGUUUUAUCUUAUUCUUGCCUCCGGUAGAAAAGAUGCACAGAACACAUUUCUCUAAUCCAUAAACCUAAAAACACUUGAAAUCCUUGUCAGCCUGGCUUGUGGAUGGUAAUUAGACGCUUUUGUGUCUGAGCAGCUCACUAGUUAAGCAGGGUCUGCGCGGCUGGGUGUGUAUUGGUGCUGGCAUGAAAUUAAAUGAAAGUGAGGUCAGGUUUUGGACCAAUCCCAUUCACUAAAACCUUAGAGCCUUUUGGAUUACUAGUCCGUGAUGGAGAUGUUUUAUGAAGCUGCCUCUGACUGUAUUAGCAGAGGACAUAUCAGAUCAGCCCAUCACUGCAGACUGGGAGGCUCAUCACUUUUUUUUUCUUUCUUUCUACUGUGGUCAUUAGGUGGACUUGUUUCACAAGGCAGUCCUUAAGGCUGGGGCAGCUCUUGGUUAGGGGCUGAUCAGGAUACAAACCCACAGUGGGAAAGCUGGCUGGCAGCGUCUGAAAGGACUCCUCUCUUUGCCCUUGGAAUGUUUGCUGUCAUGCUGUCCCUAAGCGGUUACCUAACAGCCAUUCUCUGUCCCUCCUUUUCUGACUUAUUUCAGUCUGUUCUGAAGGAGCCACAGUAGGCAACAGAUGAUCCCAGGUUCAAGGCCACUUAUUAAAUGGGGUCCUUGGUCAAGGUGCUCAACCUCUGUGGGCUUUGGUUUCCUCAUCCGUACAACAGAUGAGAAGUGAGAUGAGGAAAAUGUUCAUGGUGACUGGCAUGUACUGGAGAUGACAGUCUCUAGUCCCUAUUCCUUCCUUCCCAGGACUGCCCCCUUGGUAGCCAAACGACUGGGUCCUCAGUUUCUCAUGAAAGAAACAAUGCUUUCUGGAUUGACUGCUGUAUGACACAGUCCUGAUUUUCUAACACCCUUUUGGACUCAAUGCCUGGCAUCUAUAACCACCCCAUUCUCUCAAAUGCACACACAGCCCCUGAUGGUCUGUGAGAGGCACCUCCAGAGCACACCAGCCCGCUAUUUCCCACAACCCGUCCAGGAAGUGUUGUGGGAGUCUUGUCCAGUGCCACUCAGCAACGGAGGCGUGAUUAUGGGGGCUCUAACACAAACGGGGGGGGGGCUCCAGCCGGGCAGGUGGCUGCCACCCCUGGGCACUGAGCAGGAGGAAAGUGGUCAAGUGCUGGCUUCCCCUGGCAUUGGAGCAGCCCUGAGCUCCUCAGCCCCACUACUUUAGUGGGGCUGGGAUUUCCUGGAGGUCAAAAGGUUAGGAGCAAUCCAGGGCUAAACUGGCCAUGAUCGAUGCCACCGCACAAACUGAGCUGACUUCUUGUAAGGAUUGAUGAAGGCUAGACUCAACCAUGGGGCUCGUGCAGUACUACUCCCUCCUUAAAAAAGGAAGACUGGAGAAAACGAAUGCCUAGCAUCAGGCACUUUAAAUAUGCUAUAACCCUAACUGUCCCUCUUUUUAAAAAUCCUGCAGCUCUUAGCAGUCACCCCAAAAUCCUUUUCCGGAAUAAGUCAAGGUUUACACAAAUGGUUUUAAGUUAUUAGACCAUUUUAUAGAUGGAAAAAUAGUCCCGGAAGGGGACAGGGCAGAGUGACCUACUGAAGUCACUUAUGAAGUCAAAGGCCUAUCAGAGUCUAGAUCCCAGGUCUCUGGGCUCCCAGCUCAGGCCUCUUUCCAGUAGCCUAACACCAUUAUGCAUAGUCCAAUAUUGUUCAUUGCACAACUCCACACAUGAAUGACACCCCUGCCUGCUGUUGUUGAACAUGCCAGCCCUGUCCCUGGAACCCGGAAAACCCUACCCCAGAUUCCACCAGGUACACCACAACCCUUUUCUUACAAAAUGUUCACCAUCCCAUGAAGACAGCUAGCUGGCCACAGAAAAUGGCCUGAAUGAGAUAAAAGACCAAGCUAUAAAGUCAAUGAAAAAAAUCCAAAAUAAAUUAAAACACAGAAAGCGGCAAACAACAAGUGUUGUGAGGAAAAGAAUGGCACGCCUCACGGAGGACUGCAGAGUCGCCCGCCCCAAGAUUUCAUUCUAAAUUAGGCGCAAAUGCUACAAUAUUUGGAUUCAAUUUUCACCCUUCCUUUUUCAGCUCAUAAGCAGAGACAUGGAACGAAGAUCAGACACCACUUUCCUAUCCAGCAAAGUCUGUGUUGAACCCUGUGAUCCCUUCCUUCCAAUCAGGAAAGAGUUACCCUGGCAACCAAAUUACUAACUCACUCAAUUAGCUCCCCCCUCUUCCACCAAUGCUCAGUAAUCACAGAAUGUCAGCCCAGGGAGAGCUCAGCCUUAGGCGGUCUAGUGCUCUUGCCUCGUUUAGUGAUGGAAGCCCAGAGAGGUUUCCACUCAGAGGUGCACUCGCUGGAACACCGUGCAGGCUGGUUCAGGCAAAGGAGCAAAACCUUUCCCAUGUAGCACAUCUUCCUGGUCGUCUGUCCAUAACUGAAAGGAGACCAAGUGACCUGCCCUUCACAGUUUCCCAGAAGGCAUGAGAGAUAAGAGCGUGGGCUCUGCAGGCAGGCUUCCACUGCCUCCAUACAGGCAGCUGUGGGAUUUGGGGCAGGGUCCUUAAUCUCAAUGAUCUUAAUGAACUCAUCUGCAAAAUGGGGUAAGAAUAGAGCCUACCUUGAAAAGUUGUGUGAGUAUUCAAUUAGAUAAUGCAGGAGAAGCAAACAGUAAACAGUAAACACUCAAAUAAUAAAACAUCAAAAUCAAAUCUGGAAGCUAUUGCAUAAAGGCCACUAGUUUAUUUUCUGUGGAAAAUCCUACCUUUUAAAGGCUUCUUCAAUCUGUUUCUUAAAAAGCAUCAACCUGGGCACCUGGGUGGCUCAGUCUGCCUUCCCCUCAGGUCAUGAUCCCAGGGUCUGGGAUUGAGCCCUGCAUCAGGCUCCCUGCUCAGCGGGUAGUUUGCUUCUCCCUCUGCCUGCCACUCCCCCCCUGCUUGUGUGCUCUUUCUCAAAUAAAUAAAAUCUUUUUUAAAAAAAAGCACAAACCAGUUUCCUCUGCAGAUUAGCUGUUUGAGCUGUAUAGGUGUCAAGGCAAGUACAGAGGAAGGGAAUAUUCAGUCGAGAAGAGGUUUAAUCUCAAAAGGGAGGCAAUCCCCUUUAUCCCAAACCUUGAGAGCAGAUCAGGAUUGGGACUGAUAGAGUAGGAGCAGCAGGGAAUAUUACAAAGGGGAGGGUUUGUGCUGAGGACAGCCUGGGACCACAGCUCUUAAUGCCCCCAUCAGAAAAACCAUCCCCUUCUAAUUCAAAUUCAAUGCUCAGCUGAAGUUCUGCGUGCACACCCCGUCCACUCGUGUUCCUAAUUUGUACUGAGAAAAUCAUGCAAUUUCUUCACAGGGAGUGAUCUUGGAGUCCAUUGUGUUCUUACUCUUCAUUUUAUUUACUGUGAUUAUAGGGUUAUCUCAGGAGCUCGUAUGUGAAUGUCUUCUUUUCCCCAAAAGAUCAAAUAGUCUUUGAUGGCAGAGGACAAGAUGAGGAAGAUGUGUUGGGCAGAUUAUCAGGCCACUCAGCAUGGGGGAUGGUCUGAGGUUCGGGAGAACAUUUAUGGUCAGCCAGAGCAGUUGAAUGGCUGUUAUAACAUCCAGGCACUAGGUGAUAAGGGCCUUGGUGGGAAGAGAGAGGAAAAGACAAGACACACUUUGAAAAGAAAACCAAAAUCAUGGGCCUCCAUGCAGUAUCCUGUGGCAUCGAAGAUGUCAGUUCUGGAGCCAGACGGCCUGUGGGGCCAGUUCUGGCUCUUUCCUUCAAAGCUGCUUCCUGUGACUUGGGCAGGUCAUGUCACCUAACCUAACCUCGAGUUCCUCAUCUGUGAAUUCCGAUAGUAAUAAAGUCCCUGCCUCACAGGGUUGUGAGGAUUCACCGGGCUACUGCUAGUAAAAAUGCCGAGGCCACUGCCCGAAACGUAGCUGCAUUUAGUAACGCUGCCUGGGUAUUGGCAUUUAGUAAAUAUUUGCAGAGCAAACAAAUGGGGCGAUUUCAACAGACUUGUAGAGCCGGGGAAGUGGGGUGCUUGGGGUGAGGAGUUGUGGUUCCUAGAAGUUCAAAGGAGAUGGAAAAGAAAGGACAGCAGCCAAAAGGCAAAAACUGGGGAAGGAUCUUCUCAAACAGGAGAGACCUGUGUUUGCCUGACUGCCACGGAGGACGUGCUGAAGGAGAAACUGAAGGGAAGACGCUCGAAGGGACAAGCCCACCUGGGGAGGCAAGAAGGACAGGGUGCCCAGUCUGGACACGUUUGAACAGCAGGGUUCAGGAGGGGUCAUAGGGGUGGCUGUCCCACUUGACAGCGCCUUAUGUCACAAACUGUCCUGCCACGGUGGGCUGGGGACCUGACUGUUGGCUGUUGGAACCACUGUGUAUAACCCUUCGUGCCCGGGAUUCCUACGCGGGCUUCUGUCGUGCUUGUGUGAAGGAAUCCUUCUCUGCGACUUACGCCAGAACAGAAUCGAAGCUAAAUCUGCUAUCAAGGAGUUUAUUAAUUGCUCCCCUUUAUCAAGUAACUGACUCAUAAGGAGGUAAAAUUCACAACCCCCAACUGAUAGCCUGCUCAGGCAGUUUGUUUGACUUAUUGAUUUGGGUGGGUUAAAAAAAAAUCACAAGCUUGUUAUCAUCUUGUUACCUUUGGCCUGCCUUUUGCCUGUUUCUUUUUUACUAAAUUAGAUUCCACAACCUAACUUGGU